CACCUAGUUCAAGUUAGCUCCCGCAACAGAAGAACCAUGUCAACGACCAAAUCAAGGUCCAUGCUCGUGGUAGUGGCCAUGGCUGUAGUUCUGUUACUAGGGACGACGGCGGUUUCACUUGCCACGGCGGCAUCUGGCGCCACGUUGGACGCUAAAAGCCCUCAUAAACUCGCUUGCCACGGCGAGGGCUGCCAUAGCCAGACCACCAUGCACCUCUCCAAGCAGGACCUCGGCAAGACCGCCAACCUCGACGCCAGCAAGGCCAUGGUCACCACUGACCACCUGCCACCCUUUGUCUCCGCUCGAAUAUGCUGCACCAUCUCUAAAGGCCAGAUGUCUUGCACGGGCUGCUGAUAUGGUGCUGAGUUCGAGCGUACCAGUGCCGCACGUAUUUUCCCAGAUCUACUUCCAAGACGAGAUGAUGAGGAUAAUGUACCAAAUAUCACCAUCCUGCAUGCGUAUUGCAUACAUGUAUGUACUCCUAUACGCCAAGGAUUGGGUAUAACCGAGCUAUGUUCGAUGUCCUAGUAUUGUAGGUGUACACGUUGCAAUACUUGUAUAUGUCCGUCUAUUACAAUUAAGUUGCUUGAAAUAAAAUGGGAUGCGGCUUACGUUG